AUGCUUGGCGGGUUAUCCUUCGAGGCUUGCAAUUUAUUGUCAAAAAUUCCUUCAGGUCUCGGUGUUGUUGAGAUCCCCGCCCUCGCCAAGGUGACAUGGGACCUAUACAACCAAUGCCAGAUCAUCGCGAAGGAUGCUCCCGCAGGAUUCCAAAAGCUAGUAACUGAGCUGGCCUCAUUACAAGGCACUUUGCACACUUUCGCCGACGAUGUGAACUCGAUCGUAUCUUUCUUCGAGAAGAUGGAUGACCAUCGCAAACAAACGUUCGAACGAUCCCUCGGUACUUGUCUCACGACCCUGCAGCGAUUGAAAGAGCUCCUUGCCCGGUUGAAAGGCUUCGAAACUGGCGAUGGAAAGGGUUUCUGGCAAAAGAUCAAAUGGGCGACACAACGAACUCAGAUUGAGGAUAUCAGAUCUAAGAUCAGGGUGCACACUUACUAUCUGAGCCUAUGUACAAGCCCUAUAGGGAAUGUAUCGCUUGCUCGUAUAGAGAAAACAAUGCUUCUGGCGAUGGAAGAGGAUGAAAAGAUCGUUCUCAGUACAGAGGCAUCACCUGUUCGGGAUACAGACUCCGUUGUCUCGCCGAUGAGCCCGGGCCAGGGUCUGGUGGAGCUACCAGCUAACAACGAAGAAGACUGCGAAAUCGACAUAAUCCAGGAAGUUCGCGCCAGAAUGUCGGAGCUGGCCACUAACAGAAGCUCCGUGGGCAGCAGCAGCAAGGUCAAACAUACUUCUACAUCCUCCGAAUCGGCGAUAACUGCAUCCGAUGAUUCGCUCUUCGACAAUACCUCGCCGACUUCUUGGUUAUCCUUGAACACAUCACCAUCCCUAUCUACCAGGGGCCGAAUAGACCAUACACGAAUGUGCAGUGAACAGCUUCUCUUUGGCGGCUCGAUUGACGGUCGGACACUUGAUGGUGGAAUAUGGGCGAACGACUCCAACCUGGCGGGAAAACAAGUUGUACAUCACACUCGAGGCUACUCUGAUGCUGACCAUGGCCAUCCUCACGUUAUCGAGGAUGUGACGUCCGCCAUGCAACAUCUUCGUGAUGUUCGGCAUCAGGAGCAUAUCUCAAGGCCUAUACAUUUUGAGCCGCAGAAUCAACUACAUAGGCCAACUACGGAAACAUUGAGGAUAUUCGAGGCAUCAGUGAAUGACGGGUUGCAGAUCACAAGGCUAACCACAAGAGAUUGGCUUCGUGUGGCGACUUGGUGGUUGUUGAAAGGGCGUGCGGCCUUGGCAAAUUGCAACAGACAUAACUAUGUCAGUGCUCGUGGCAGUCUGAGUCCCUCCAUGGAAUCGAGAACGACUAGUCACCAAGCUUAUCUUGACCUCCUCAAGGCUUCAUAUAUUCUGUACGACAUCGUUUUGGAGGAAGAAGCCUCCCCUUCUCUUUUGGUUGAUGAGGACCGCAAGUCAAUUGUCGAACUUUCUGAACCGGAGGAAAAUUGGGAUGGUGGUAUUGAUCUAGAUCUUGGCUUGGACAAUAUGCUCUGGAUCGCCGUUGAUCUGGAGGAUGCAGGGAACGAACAGGAAAAGGUCCUCUACCGCACCUUUGUCAACGCCGGAAUCGGGGGCAAAAAGUCUCGCAUGCGCACCAAGGGUGCUCCCUACAUGCUCUUGCUGGCAACACGAGAGGGUGAAAGCGAACCAAUGAUUGUUCUCUGCAACCAAAGUGGCACUCUGUGUCUUGAACGAGACUUCGUGCUGGAUGAUCUAUCGCCUCUUGUUCAAUUAUCGAAUGCCACUUUGACUGGCUUCCCUGGCUCCCGAGUGUCCGAGCCUGUGCCAUUCAAAUUUGAUGAUAUGAGCGUUUCGAUAUCAUUUCAGUUUGAUGGAGAUCUCGCACAAUUCAUCAAUAUUCCGAAAGCUUACUUUGACGCCGUAUGGCAGAGAGAGCCAGUUGAUGCAACCGAAUUUACUGAGAGCGUUAUUUUCAAGACCUCGGUGGAUAUGUUCGAGCAGCUGAACACGCCAACUAUGAAAUCAAUGAACCCGCCUGUCGUGGUGAAAUCCUGCGAGGUGCGCAUUCUGGAACGGUCUUUUGGGGAAGCCUGGCGGUCUAUCCGACGCAUGGUGAUCACUUCCUCUGCUGCCGAGAAGUCCCCACGAACUAUGGAACUUUUCAUGCCUCUCAGUGGAGUUCAGAUCAACCGAGGAGAUAGGUCCCGCCAGGUGGUAUUGCAGUGGUCCGACACAUGCCAGGCGCGAUCUGACAAGACCGACGUCAAUUACAACACCCUGCACUCCUACGUGUACGAUGACACUGCUCCAAAUAUCGGUGUUGGUCUGCAAUUUCACUCACAUCAAGAGGCAGAAGAUUUUGAAAAAUCCGUCCUAGAAAUGAACUUCCGUCCGGAGUUCUCCUGGUCGCAGCCCAGUAGCUCCGGUCUCAUUUACAAUGUGGUUGAUGCUGGUACUGAGCACAAGCAAUACAAAGCUGUGCUAGUAUUUCGAACUCGUGGAUCAUGGCGAUAUUCAGACUUGUACUAUAUUUAUCGCGACGCCGACUAUGAAUACGACCACUCCUCGUUCAGCAUCCAUUUCCCCCGCAUCUACUGCACAGACUAUAUCUCAACUCACGUUGACCAACUCUACCAUCCAGAAAUCCCGGUCACAUUCUCCCAUUGCGACAAGAAGACCAGCCAGACAACCAUCGAGUUUGGCAACGACCUUGUAGCCCGCUCAUUCCUCAGCUCUCUCUCUCCUCUAUACGAACUCCUCUAUUCCCGGCGGAUCCAGUCCCUAUCAACGAAAACCAAUUCGCUCUUCGGGUUCCAAAUGUCCGGCAAGCGCAGCGCCGAUAUCCAACUAUGGCGUCGCGGAACGGCUUUCCAGCUUGCCGCUCGGUGGGAUGACUCCGUGCCGGACAAGUGGCUUACCAUGACUGUUCCGUCGGAGUUCAUCGAUUUCUCAAAAGACAAUACCCGGCUCACCCUUCCGCGUCUUCCGUACUUGCGUGGUAUGACACUUGACAUGAUGAAUGUUAUGGCUCGGAGCCCGAAGAACUCCAAUGCCAAAAAUAAAGAGGGUGCCAUGUCGAUUUCUUUUCAAACAAGUGAAGACCGAGACGAGUUUCUGGCUGUGUUACAAGGGCAGCAAUUGCCGAAGUUCCUAUAA